AUGGAUCGGGCGCAACUAACAGUUGGUCCAGGAAUGGAUAUGCCGAUCAUGCACGAUAGUGAUCGAUACGAUUUAGUUCGAGACAUCGGGUCGGGUAAUUUCGGGGUUGCUCGGCUCAUGAGAGAUAAGCAAACCAAGGAGCUUGUUGCGGUUAAGUAUAUUGAGAGAGGCGACAAGAUAGAUGAAAAUGUUCAGAGAGAAAUUAUAAAUCACCGUUCUUUGAGGCACCCUAAUAUUGUUAGAUUUAAAGAGGUCAUUCUAACACCAACUCAUUUGGCCAUUGUCAUGGAGUAUGCAUCUGGAGGAGAGCUUUUUGAGCGAAUAUGUAAUGCGGGACGCUUCAAUGAGGAUGAGGCUCGCUUCUUUUUUCAGCAACUUAUAUCUGGAGUCAGCUACUGUCAUUCGAUGCAAAUAUGUCAUAGGGACUUGAAGCUGGAAAACACACUGUUAGAUGGAAGCCCUGCUCCAAGACUCAAAAUUUGUGAUUUUGGGUAUUCUAAGUCUUCAUUGCUGCACUCUCAACCAAAAUCGACUGUGGGAACUCCUGCAUAUAUUGCUCCUGAAGUGUUACUUAGGAAAGAAUAUGAUGGCAAGAUUGCAGAUGUAUGGUCCUGCGGGGUCACUUUAUAUGUAAUGCUUGUAGGUGCUUAUCCAUUCGAGGAUCCUGAAGAACCUAAGGACUUCCGAAAGACAAUUCAGAGAAUCUUACACGUUCAGUAUUCCAUUCCAGAAAAUGUUAAAAUUUCUGAGGAAUGUCAGCAGUUAAUUUCCCGGAUCUUUGUUGCAGACCCUGCACAACGCAUCACCAUUCCGGAGAUCCGAGACCACGUGUGGUUCCUGAAGAACCUUCCGGCAGAUUUAAUGGAUGAAAGGACGAUGGGAAACCAGUUUGAAGAGCCUGACCAGCCCAUGCAGAGUCUGGAAGUCAUCAUGCAGAUAAUCUCAGAGGCUACCAUACCUUCCGCUGGUUUAUAUAACCUGGACAUGAUGGAUGAUGACAUGGAAGACCUGGAAUCCGACCCUGAUCUUGAUAUUGACAGCAGUGGAGAGAAAAUUCAGGUGGAGUUGAACUCGGUGCUGGGAGAGUGUAGCUCAAGGUCUCGAAACUUGGCAUCAUCAUGCACACUUCACUUGCCGGUUAAGACUGUAUUCUCAUGCAGUAGAAGUUCAUUGGUUCUUCUCCCAAGUCUGAAAUGCCAGAAAUCAUUAGUAAACAUCCAGCCUUGCUCUCUUUCUGCUGCAUCAACACCACUUUUGAAAGGGGAACAAGGUAGCUUGUUACAUAAGAUACCGAAGUUUCCCUGGAGGCGCAAGUUUCUUUUGCCUGCAAGAGCAUCCAAGGAUGUCCCCUAUAGUUACAGAUACCCUGCUAUGACCAAGAAGCCAAAGUGGUGGUGGAGAUCUUUGGCAUGCCUUCCUUAUUUGAUGCCUCUUCAUGAGACAUGGAUGUACGCUGAAACAGCAUAUCAUCUGCACCCUUUCUUGGAAGAUUUUGAAUUAUUGACCUAUCCCUUUUUGGGAGCUAUAGGGAGAUUGCCUAGCUGGUUUCUGAUGGCUUAUUUCUUUGUUGCUUACCUUGGAAUAGUGAGGCGGAAAGAAUGGCCACAUUUCUUUAGAUUCCAUGUGGUUAUGGGCAUGCUAUUGGAGAUAGCUUUGCAGGUUAUUGGGACUGUGAGCCGUUGGAUGCCACUGGCUGUGUACUGGGGUAAGGUCGGGAUGCAUUUUUGGACGGCAGUCGCAUUUGCCUAUUUGUUCACAGUUUUGGAGUGUAUGAGGUGCGCUCUUGCAGGGAUGUAUGCCGACAUUCCAUUUGUCUGUGAUGCAGCAUAUAUUCAAAUUCCUUAUAAUUAA